AUGAAACGCCAAAGAACUAGAGAAGACUCUGAGGGGGCAGACGGGGAAACAAGCGAAGGCUACUCAACAGUGGGCGUCACAGCCGGCACCAAUGGCCCCGAAUUCACAUCUUUCGCCCGGGGGAAGCCAGAAGACUUAGAGGCUCGGAUGAAUAGACUUGCCGAGAUCGUCGAUAGGUGGUACAAGGAUGCGUAUGGUCAAAGGAUCAUACCGCCUGUGGCGAGACAGCAGGCUGUCGAUGCUGUCGGAGUUAACAACUCUGAUGCGAAGAGCUCAUUUGAGGGAACUUUGGGACAAAUUCCGACACGUGAACGCCUCGUUCCCCAGGAACAGGGUGUCUCGGACAACAUGAGAAAACUCACCUACUCGAUCAGCGGUAUCAGCUGUGCCCCAGCCCAUUCAAUUCCCUGUUCCUCCGUAUCCUCAUCCCAUUCACCACGUUCGCGGGACACUAUCACAACACCUUCUAGUAGUGCCGACGGGUAUUCCCAGCAAGUUUGCACCCUUGAAGGUAAAAAUGGAGCUACACAUCCUCCCAAGCAAAUGGCGAGGGGACAGCUUGCUAUGAAGUUACUAGACGAAGAAAUUGAAGCAGCAAGAGGGAAAGGCACAUGUGACGAUAUAGGUGAUCUAGGAUUAGGCCAUUUGAGUAUCCAGGGUCGUGGAAGGAGUCGAUAUGUUGGAAGCAGUUUUUGGGCCUCCAUAAGCCAUGAGAUCGCCGAGCUUAAUGACGUCUUACGUGCCAACGAACCGCCCGAUACGAGAUGCUCUGCUGGUCCUCCACCAGAAGAGAUGAUUGGUUUGUUCCAAAAACCUCGCAACUCCACUACCUCUGAGACCGCUUCCAGAUCGACUGCAUCCGGCACGGCUGAACCUUUGCGACCAUCAUCAACAGCAAGUGCACCAAACUUUUGCGGGCUAUCUCAGUUUGAUAAAUCUUCUCUUUUGCAGUUCGAGCCUCGUGAAAGAGGAGGGAAUCCAUUUGAGAUCAUACCUCUAAUCCUAAGGGACCUUCCGGACAAGCCUAUGUGUGAUAUUAUGUACAAGGCCUUUCUUAACGGAGUGCACCCCAUAAUGCCCCUUAUCCACGUUCCGACAUUUGCAAAGGAAUAUAACGCUUUCUGGGCAUGGUUUCCAAAUAAUAUCCGCUCCAUUCCAGAUCCAACACUAACCGAAAACCAUGGAUUUUUCCCAUUACUUUUGUCAGUCCUCUACGCGGGAUCGAUGUCACUACCCGCGAAGGUCAUUGAAAAAAUUCUUACCGGUCAAUCGAAGAUCGAGGUGACCAAAAGCCUCUACUCAGGAUCAAUGCAUGCUCUAUCGGCCUCUUCUUUUCCCAGAACCCCGACUGUCAGUUCGCUCAUCGCCUUUCUCAUCACUCAAACGUGUCUCAUUCGGGAAGAGGAGCCAUUGACCUCUUGCUCGUUUCUUGGCAUGGCUAUGCGUGUCGCACAGUCUAUGGGGCUCCAUCGCGACGGGAGUCUGUUUGGUUUGAACGAAAUUGAAUGUGAGGUUCGUCGGCGUGUCUGGUGGCACAUCCUUUAUUUAGAUGUUCAAGGGGCUAUCGCGACCGGUCUUCCACCACUAGGGGGGAGUGGGGAAGAGCUGUUUGACACAAAAAUGGUUAGUGAGCUUAAGGAUGAAUAUAUUGGACUUUCGCCUGAGGAACGUAAGAAGGUUACUGAAGCCGCUACCGCUGCGGCAGAACCACAGACAUCGGUGAACCAUAUGGCCCAUACCUGCAAGGCACUUCUGGAUGAGCAUCCAAAUAGCCCUGCAAUGAUCCUCGCUGCUGGCAGGUAUGACAUGACGAUUGUCCUAAGGAAGGUCGUCAUUCAGCUUCUCUCGACAAGACCGCCGCAGAAAGCGGAUCUUAUGGAAAUGGGAGGAGCAAUCUUCGAACUGAAGCUUAGACUAGAGGAUCGAAUCGCAAGGAUUCCAGCUAGGGGGAUACCAGAAAUGGGGUUCACUCCUCCUCACGAUCCCGAGUUUCAUGAGCUUAUGGGGCACAAUGAAAGCUUUUUUGAUACUGAAAAGGCAAUUGUUUUUAAUGGCUGGGCUAGGAUUAUGUUGAGUAUGUUUUCGGAUAGAACCUUCGGCGUCUUCUACCAAUCAUUUCUGAAAAGAUCCAAGAGCAGACUGUGGGAUCAUGCUAGACAUUGCGCAUUGCAUUUCUGCGUCUCUUUCCUCCAGAAGUUUGUACAUGUUUCGAAAAACCCACUUUUCCAACCAUAUCAGUGGUUCUGUCCUGGCACCUUUCAACCCCUCCAUGCUACUAUGAUAUUGCUUAUCGAUCUCCACGAAAGGCCCCAAAGUCCUGAAGCUCCGCAGAGCCGUAUGUUUGUGGAUGAAAUCUUUGCCCUCUUCGGCGAAGAUGGAAACUCUUUAGUAGGCGCUCCUGGGGGUAAUCGACCGCUCUUGGAGGGUGGGAGCUUGGCAUGGAAAAUGUUGGCGAGGCUGAGAAAGAAAGCCUACGAGAAAGCCGGCAUAAAAAUUGAUAAGCCUGCAGAGAGAAGAGAGGAGGAGGGCAUGGCAACACCAACCGCUCCAGCAAAGGCGAGGAGUAUAGCGAAGUGUAACAUGCCUCCGAACCCGGACACACUUACCACCCCCGCCGCCAAAGACGCUGGGGGAAAGCCCGGGCCCGACGUAUUACCACCCCUCGAUAUACCAACGGGUGGGUACGAAGAAAUGUUGUUCAUAGCCGAUAAUGUCGCUACCGGGACCGGGCGAUACAAAGAUACUACGGAGGCUGCAAUGAAGAUUUGGGAGGCGAUGGCUGCCGCAGGUAUCGCAGUGGACGACGAUGCUCCCAUGGAUCCUGGUAUGCCGACACCGCCUUUGAUGGAACCGCCUCUGAAGGAACUACCUAUGGGUGUUCCUACUGGUGAUGUCGCCGGGACCGGGGCAGAUGAUGUUAUGGAUUUUGACUGGGAAGAAUGGGAUGCUAUGUUUGGAAGGUUUACAGCGAUUGAAGGGAUGGUUUUAAGCGAUAUGCCAGUACAGCGAGGACCCGAGUAG